GGAGAGGCAGAGGGGAGAGGUUCAAGUGCGGGUUUUCUCCUUGAACCUAGAAGAUUAUGGGUCAAGAGCUGUGUACGAAGACUCUCCAGCCUGGAUGGCGCUGCCAUCGCUGUUGGGAGGGAGACGAUGCACACAGCUGCCAGAGGACAGUGCCUGAGCCCGAGCCGGCGGAGGCUGCGACCGAGCUGACAGACCUAAAAGAAGCAUCAUGUUCCAUGACUUCAUUUCACCCCAGGGGACUUCAGGCUGUCCGUGCCCAGAAGUUCAAGAGUAAAAGGCCACAGAGUAACAGUGAUUCUUUUCAGGAAGAAGAUCUGAGGCAGGGUUUUCAGUGGAGGAAGAGCCUCCCUUUUGGGGCAGCCUCAUCUUACUUGAACUUGGAGAAGCUGGGUGAAGGUUCUUAUGCUACAGUUUACAAGGGGAUUAGCAGGAUAAAUGGACAACUAGUGGCUCUAAAAGUCAUCAGCAUGAAUGCAGAGGAAGGAGUCCCAUUUACAGCUAUUCGGGAAGGUGUUCAUUCCUUCCAGCUUUUCAUGUUUCAACUUUUGCGGGGCCUGGCGUACAUCCACCACCAACACGUUCUUCACAGGGACCUGAAACCUCAGAACUUACUCAUCAGUCACCUGGGAGAGCUCAAACUGGCUGAUUUUGGUCUCGCUCGGGCAAAGUCCAUUCCCAGCCAGACAUACUCUUCAGAAGUUGUGACCCUCUGGUAUCGGCCUCCUGAUGCCUUGCUGGGAGCCACUGAGUAUUCCUCUGAACUGGACAUAUGGGGCGCAGGCUGCAUCUUUAUUGAAAUGUUCCAGGGUCAACCUUUGUUUCCUGGGGUUUCCAACAUCCUUGAACAGCUGGAGAAGAUCUGGGAGCCAGAAUGGUUCCCACUGCCUAAGCCUCAAAGCCUUCAGAAUGUCUGGAACAGGUUGGGCAGGGUUCCUGAAGCUGAAGACCUGGCCUCCCAAAUGCUGAGAGGCUUUCCUAGAGACCGCGUCUCUGCCCAGGAGGCCCUGGUUCAUGACUAUUUCAGUGCCUUGCCAUCUCAGCUGCACCAGCUCCCCGAUGAGGAGUCUUUGUUUACGGUUUCAGGAGUGAGGCUAAAGCCAGAAAUGUGUGACCUUUUGGUGUCCUACCGGAAAGGUCACCACCCAGCCCAGUUUAGCAAAUGUUGGUGA